CGUACAAUUAUCAAUAAACAUCAAACUUCUUUCAUUUUCUUUGUAAGGAUAAACUCUUAAAUAUACUUAUGAUUCCUUUGGUAAAAUUUGUGGAACAUGUUGGAAAUUUCAACACGGAUUCGGUAACUUACAUCUUGAGUAACCAAAAAGAUACCCUGGAACCGAAUCGGUGACGGUGACCGGCACCAAGAGCAGACCACAGAACAGAGGCGUUCCUACGCCGCCAUAAAUCCCACUACCAUCGUCUUCGUUAAGAUCCGUUCUUUCUUAAUCUUUCUAUUGGAUCUCAGGAUGCCCGUUAUGGCAGCGCCAUAGGCUGCAGUGUCGUGUUUAUAUGGCGAAAUGUCAGCCCUCUGCCAUAUCGCACCAUUGAUAACACUGUCUGAGUACACUUUCAUGAUUCAACAACAAAACUUUGGUUCGGGUGAAGAUGUAAGUGUAGCUCUGACUGAAAUCUUGAACCUACCCCCGAUGGACAAACGCAACGGCUGCAGGUUCUCUAAUGUGUCUUCAAUUGCUGUCUUUUCAAGUGCCAUUUUUGUUGUCUCCUUGAUUUUGGUUCGUCUCCUUUAUGUCAUAUAUCACAGUCGCAGGCCCUUGAGCAAAAGGGCUUCAAAGCCUGUCAGUACCCUCAUUAUUUUAGGAUCAGGUGGUCAUACUGCUGAGAUGCUUAAUCUAUUGGCAGUGUUACGGAAAGAUAGGUUUAAUCCAAGAUUCUACAUUGCUGCUGCUACUGAUAAUAUGAGUCUUGAAAAAGCUCAGUUGUUGGAAAACUCCCUUGCUACCGAGAGUGCAACGAGCGUCAAACAUUCUGCCCAGUUCAUGAAGAUAUAUCGGAGUAGGGAAGUUGGUCAAUCAUAUAUAACCUCAAUUUGGACUACAUUAAUCGCAAUGGUGCAUGCGCUGUGGCUAAUGAUUAAAAUUAGACCUGAAGUGAUACUUUGUAAUGGACCUGGAACUUGCAUUCCCCUCUGUGCAAUUGCAUUCAUAUUUAAGGUAGUGGGAAUCAAAUGGUCAUCAAUUUUCUAUGUUGAGAGUAUUGCAAGAGUUAGAAGGCUCUCCUUGAGUGGCUUGCUCCUGUACAAGUUCCGGAUGGCUGAUCAACUUUUUGUUCAGUGGCCACAGCUGCAACGGCAAUAUCCCCGAGCUACCUAUGUUGGUAGACUAAUGUAACCAACUCUUUCCUUUAAUAGUUGUACUAUAUUUAAGUUUAUAGGUUAAAUGAUUGCUAUUCUUAGUUUUUCAAAAGGAAAAAAGAAAGAUAAGAAGAUUGAGAUUAUUUGAAAUGCUAGUUUGCGGGAUGUGAAAGCGUUUCUAUUGAACUACUAAUCACUAAACUUUUAAAGUUUUUUUUUUUCCAA